GCAGUUUGUGUGUGGGUUGGAAAUCUUCAGUGAGACUUCAAGGAUUCUAACAAGUUGACUCAAGUCGUUAAGUCAUCUUCGUGUUUAAUCGGUAAAGGGGAUUCGUGCUGUGGUCUACAUCAAAAGUGGCGAAGGGAUUUACAAACGCGCUUACCCGGACGAUUUGAACAGCUUUUCUUAAAAUAAAAUAAAAUAGUGGCCAGAAUAAUGGCUGACUUGACGAGUGUGACACUGGGGCAAUGGGAACUGUGGGACGGGCCCCAGUAUCAUCGGAUUUUUCUUGGAGUCUGUGUGUCCGUCACUCUGUUGAUGUGUGUUAGUCUUUAUUAUUAUCUUGUCAAAGUUGCUGAUCGAUGUACGUGUACAACUCGACUGGACGGAAAGACUGUUAUCAUCACUGGUGCAAACACCGGUAUCGGAAAAGAAACAGCCUUAGCACUAGCUCAACGUGGUGCGAGGGUUAUCCUUGCUUGCCGUUCCGAAUCCAGAGGGCUGGCAGCAGAGAGAGACAUCCGGGAGAAGACAGGAAACAGCGGGGUGCACUUUAUGCGUCUGGACUUGUCGAGUCAAGAAUCGGUGAAAGAGUUUGCUCAGGAGUUCUGUAAUGCAGAGGAGAGGCUGGAUAUUCUCAUCAACAACGCAGGCGUGAUAAACGACGGCAGUGCUAGGACCGCGGAGGGAUACGAACUCAGCUUUGGCGUGAACCACCUCGGCCACUUCCUCCUCACGAACCUCCUCCUAGAGAAGCUGAAAAGUAGUGCCCCUAGCCGCGUCAUCAACGUCUCCUCUGAUGCCUACCAGCUAGGUCGACUCGACUUCGACGAUGGAAUUCAUGGGAACAUCGGGAGGGUCAAAUCGUACGCCAGGAGCAAACUUGCUAAUUUGUUGUUUACGCAUGAGUUGUCUAAGAUUGUUGAAGGCAAGGACGUCUCAGCAUUCGCUUUACAUCCUGGUUCCAUUGACACAGACAUCAAGCGCAACUGGGCAUGGUGGCUGCGCAGCCUCGCACCAAUCAUUUCAUUCCUGUUCUUGAAAACGUCAACAGAGGGCGCCCAAACAACCAUCCACUGUGCAGUGGCCGAUGGUCUGCAAAAGCACUCGGGCAAGUACUUCAAAGGGUGCCGAGUGCAGAAAGUGGCGCCAAUCGCAAGGGACGAUAAGUUGGCCAAGAAGCUGUGGAGAGUAAGCCUUGAGAUGACGGGACUAACAAACUCGUGAAAUUAUAAGAACAUUGAACACUUUCACUUCACAAUGUAGUAUUGUAUAGAUAAUUCCCCCACUGGGGUCACACUCUACAAAGCCGGUGUCAUAGGAGACUUGAACCAAGUCCUAAUCCCGUGCUAUCGCCAGAAAACAAUUGUUUUGUGAUGCUGGACAUCUCCCACCUGUUCUAGUGUCAUAGGGGAAUUCUGUCCCCUGAAGAUUCUGUCCUCCAUUAUGAUAAAUUAACAUGAGCUAAAAAAGGAUGAUUCAAAAAGAGGGCGCUAACAAAAAAUGUAUGUGCACAGUUUGCCAAGUUGUUGGAGGGGGAUUCUCCAUGUGUCUGAAUCUUCAAUGCACCUGUACAUGUAAUUGUGAUCACACAAGUAAAUGUCUGCAAAGUUUUAAGGAAAUCAGUGCGGUUUUAUCAACAUUCCGAUGUUGUACAUUAUCUUGAUUCAAAGAGAGUAAACAAGUAGCUGUACCGUAACAUUUGCUGCACAGGUAGGGGUGUAGCGCAUUGUAAAUAAUAUAAUGAUAUUUCAGUCAACAAUUCAAAUACUACUGAAAACUUUAAUUUAUUCAGAUUCAAUUUUGAUUGCUAUUCUUAUCCUACACUGUGGUCUGUGCCAAAUUGCAGAAACAAACGAGCUACAAAAAUUAAGCACACAAACAUGCUUACAAGAUAAUGUUACCGGUCAAAACACAAUGUCACAUGUAUUGUCUUUGACUGGUAUUCAUCUCAUGUUUGCUUAGCAGGAAAUUGCUUAGCAGUAUUUUCUGCUGCAGCUCUAUGACAAUUUUAAUUUGUAACGAUUUUGAACAAAUCAUUUUAAUUUUUAAGACUACACCAUAAAAGCUAAAAAAUUAUCUAGUCUACACACAAAGUCACUCUGUAAAUAUAUAUUAAAAAAAUAUACAAAGCAGUUUAAAAUAUUAUUAUACAGAUUGUCAUAAAUUAUAAAAUCACCUUGAGGUGUGACAAUAAGAUGAAAAUAGCAAAGACGAACAGCGUAUCUUGAAGAUUUUCACUCAUUAGAGCUAAUGGAUAAGUAUUUAAUAUUUAUUGUGCAUUUUAAAAGUAUUGCAGUUAUUGAAAACAAAACAAUGUCUUUUUUAUAUAAAAGUUCAUUUCAUAUUAAUUUUUUUUUUAAAUACAAUCCAAACACGAGACUUUCGCUUCUUUUUGUAUGUCUUAAAGUGUCACUUGGUGAGAAGGGUAUCGAAGAUGACAGGCACCAAAUCGCUGCCUAUGAGCAACAGUCAAAAGUUGAAACUGUUGUUUAUGUUUUUAAAUCCUAACAAAAUCCAUUUGGCCCAAAAUAAAAAAUGUGGUUAACAGUUUCAUUAAUGUUACUUAGACGGUAAACAUUUCAGUAGCUGAAGUUUUGCUAAUAUUUCUGAGACACUUUAUUAUUGGUUUAAGGAGAGGGGUGUUCAGUAUGUAUACCAGGAUGUUACCAACAUUGCUAUACUUUAAAAAUUUGACUUAAAGACACUGGACACUUGGUAAUUGUCAAAGACCAGUCUUCCACUUGGUGUAUCUCAACAUGGAGGA